AGCGAUGCAUUAGUGUAUAUUCGAGCCUCUUGUAAACGCGUGAUAUAUCUUCUGGUGUAUUUUCGCAGUUCACACAUAACAUAUACGCAGAAGUUGACAGGUCGACAUAUUUCCUUGACGACCAUUGAAACGAAACUCGAUUGUUAUGAGGAAGUGGCCAGAUUUCACAUUAGCCUACAUGCUAUCCUGAAACGGAACCAGUCGACGCCUCGGGUGCUUUGUCGAAAACAACAGCGUUGUAAACUGCAUUUGUCGGCUCUGGCGUCGCGCGUUUAAUGGUUUUAGUGAUGGAGGACAGUGAUGGAGUUCUAGCUCUGCAGGAGUACAUCAACAAUGUGGAUCAUUCCUCCUUACCGCGCAUUCUCCAGGUCUGCUCCGGAGUAUAUUUCCAAGGCUCCGUGUAUGAGAUCUCAGGUAGUGAGGUCUGUCUGUCUACUGGCGACUUGGUGAAGAUUACCAGUUUCGAGCUCUUGUCAGUCUCCUGCGAGGACAUGAGUAAUAAGACCACAUUUGAGCUGCCACUCGAGCAUUCUGGUCUGUUCAAAUUGAUUCCUGAGGAUCUUCCUUACAGUACAAUAGAGGAGAUAGCAGGCCUUCUACCUGUUGGUCUGGAUGCCUUUGGCUCAUUCACCUUCUUCAGCAAAAAUGAGCUCAUCAUUGAGAACCUUACAGUGCCAGCUGGAACAGAGAUGACAGUUCUAUCUGUGGAGCUCAAUAACUAUGGGGAGAGUUUUGCUCGCUGCCGGCUGAUGGGCCAACAGGAAGCCUCUGCAGAAGUGUACAUUCCCUUCUCCUGUCAUGGAGAGUUCUAUGAAUGUCAGAAUGAUCGUGACUACUCCCUUCAUGAGAUCAUGUACUCAGCCAGACUGUGUAAGAGAAGAUUCUGUAAGACAAAACCAACAAAAUGUGGCGGCCCCCUGUUUUUUAGCCCAAUCUAUCAAAUCCAAGGCAUCAUGCACAUGAGAAAGAACAUAGUGAAGUUUCCCUCGAGCCUGGAAGUGGAUGUAAUUGACGUGACUGAACAAUGUAAACAUUUAACUUUUGUAACACCACUAUCUCUAGCUGAGGUAGCUUCUCAGCCAAAUGAGGCCUUUCCAACUAUGGCAGAGAUCUUAGAAGGACCUGAGGCUAAUACCUUAUUUCACUGCAGCUGGUUCAAAGAGCUACAAAAAGGCAAGCACCUAUUGCUGCACGGGUGCAAUACAACACACAUGGUGUUAGCAUGUACACCAAAGGGGAGAAAAGCCCAGCAGUACUUCCUGCUUUCUCAGGGCUAUGGUGGCCAAAUACGGAGAAGAGCAAGGGAGUUUAGCUCAGUGUAUGAAGUGUAUGUGGCAUUCUCUCACUCUCCAGGACUAAGAAUAUCUGUGACAAGGCACUGUGAGGAAGUUGAGGAGGAAGGUGUGCCUGCUCUAAGCGUUGGGGAACAGCUGGAGGUUCUGAGAUUGCAGACAGCAAACAGGUCAGGAAAUGAGUUAGGUGCUCCACCGAGUGUGGACAGCCUGAUCUGCAAAAUAAUUGAGGACGAGGACGAGGACGAGGACGAUAAUCAGAGUGAUAGAGAGAGUGAGGUAUGCCUCCCUCUAUUCACUCCAGCCAACUUUGUUGAAAAACUUUCGGACAAGAAAAAGUAUGGCUUAGCCGAACUAUGCAAGAACUUCUCCUUUCCUCUGGAUGUCAAGGUGGUGAAUCAUGAUAAAACACUGGAAAAAGAUCCACUGGCAGGAUUAGCAGCGCUGAGACUUGAAGAAGCUCUAGAAGAGACAACUGUGCUUGCCAGCUUGCCUAAUACUCCAGAGCAAUGCUUUGAAUUGCCUGUUCGCUGGCUGAAAAUGUCAUUCUCCUUCAUCUCAGACACCAUACCCUGGCCUGAUUGCGAGAACUCAGAGGUUCACCUACAGACCGUCACUGAAGUAACAGAGCACUUCUACCAUGAAUAUCAUAAGCUUACUGAAAAACCUAUGGCUCCUCCUCCACGUCCUCCUAAGCACAAAAAAUUGUCCUUACAACCACAGAAAAGGUGUGCUACACCAAGGGAUGCCAGUCAGCAUGUCAAAAGUAGCCUCCCCAUUGGAAAACUGGACAGUACGUCUCUGGACCAAACAAAACGCAGACCACCUCCACCACCACCAAAUAAAACAGAAGAGCUGCCCCCUCCUUUGCUUCCUAGAAAGUCUGUGUCAGACAGUUUGGUCAUACCUAAUACGUAUGUGAAGCCCCCAAGGAAACAGCUUGAAAAUCCACAAAAUUCAGCAAGAAACUCCUCAGACAGCGAUCAUGACUACGAACCUGUGGAAGACAUUAUAAAUUCUUUUGAUCAUAUCAUGUUUUACUAGAGCUUUAUAAUCCUGAAAAUGACACUCACAAAAAACCACAUAGGAGAUAAAACAGUGUUGUGAUAUGUCUAAUGUACAUAAUGAAACUGUUUUAAUCUUUUUUAUUAGGCAAUAAGAAAAAUAAACAAAUUGUAACAUCUAAAAAAGAAAAUUUGUAAAGACUGUUACAAAUUAACAAUUUAUUUAAGGAUAGAAAUGUCUUUAAAGUACACUGUGUACAUUAAUAUUAAAAUGUGUACCAAAAGAGUUUAUUAUUUCCCUCACAAACUACAUGAACUGUUGAGAGGCCUGCAUGAAUAACCUCGCAUCUUAAAUGUUGCUUUGUUCAACACCUGUCAGGCCGACCAUUUUCUGGCCACAACGUAUUCCUAGCACUGAUGAUAUGCACUGCCUCAAAUGUUACAUCGUGUGCUAGCAUAGAUUAAUCUAGUUUUAUCAUUAGCAGGCAGUUAGAGAUGG